CCAAAGAUGACGAUCAAUCUGUGUAUUCGAAGGAGAUAUUAUUGUCGGGCACAAUCAUGAGUCUGGAUCCGGCGAGUCUGGCAAGGUCUUCGUCUCCUGCGAGCUCUGAAGCUUCGCUGCCUAAAAACCAAAGCCGCGCAUACGAAGAUGGACUUAAAAAGGACAAAGCCUAUCGGCGCUAUGCCUCCAACGUCGAGCGGGCUCUGUCCCUAUUCGACACGACUCUGCAGGAAUGGGCAGACUACAUCUCCUUUCUGAGCCGCUUACUCAAGGCUCUUCAAUCUCACCCCCUGUCUUUGGCGGUCGUCCCAGAGAAAGUCAUCGUUGCUAAGAGACUUGCUCAAUGCCUGAAUCCUUCACUCCCUUCUGGUGUACAUCAAAAGGCACUCGAGGUAUACGGCUACAUAUUCGCAUUGUUGAAGCCAGAUGGCCUCGCUCGCGAUCUUUCGCUUUACUUACCCGGUCUUGCACCCACCCUUACCUUUGCGUCGCUUUCCGUUCGACCCUUGUUCCUCUCGCUAGUUGAAACGUAUAUUGCUCAUUUAGAUGCGGUAUGCAUCCGACCGGCUUUGAAAGCAAUACUGCUAUCGUUGCUUCCCGGCUUAGAGGAAGAGACUAGCGAGGAUUUCGAGACCACUCUCAGAAUAGUGAAUCGAUUUCGAGAUAUCUCGAGUGAGGUUAAGGGAAAUAUUAGUGCGUCCGACUCUCACGCCGGCAGUCAAUACUUUUGGCAGUGCCUGUUCCUCGCAUCCAUCACCAGUCCUACAAGGAGAAUGGGAGUGUUGGCCUAUCUAAACCGUUAUUUCCCAAAGCUGGGAGGACAUGCACCAUGGGCUGCUCCAUUGAACCAAGCACACCCGGAAGAAGAAACAGAAAUAUCUGCUUCGAUCGCAUCUCUGACUUCGCCCGAGCCUGGCCUGCUUAUAAGAUGCUUCGCAACCGGUUUAGCAGAUGAUCAAUUGCUUGUGCAAAGAAAUUACCUGGACUUACUUGUUACCCAUUUACCCCUUCAUUCCCCAGUUUUACAGACUCGUAUAUCCGCGGAUGACUUGGAGCUGCUGGUUGCUGCAGCUGCAGGAGUGGUCAUUCGAAGAGAUAUGAGCUUAAAUCGCAGGCUCUGGACAUGGUUUCUCGGGCCCGAUCUAGCUCAGAACUCCGACGAAAAUGGCGAUUCUGACCUAAAAUCCAUUACUAGUGGGCGCUCAAUGUUUCCAUCAGAGAAGGGUAUACCAAAAUCUAAAUACUUUGCACGCUUCGGUUUGGUGCCGCUUGUGAACAGCAUUAAAGGGAUGAUUGCAAGGAAACAUACGGUUCCACAGGAACGAGCGAAGCCGUUCCGAAUAUCGCUGUCAUUAAUGGAUCGUUGGGAAGUUGGUGGAUUGAUUGUACCAGAGAUAUUUCUUCCUGUCUUGCGAAACGUGCAGGAAUACUAUCGGGUUGCAACCCCAAAGGCUUUUGAUGAAGUCCUCCGAUCUGCAAGUGCAUUCUUCGACGGUGUUGAAAGCAGCCUAAUAUUCUCUGAGCUACUUACUCUCGUCCUUGACAUGAAUCAGGACGUAUCUGAUAAAGUGUUAGGGAACCUACGGCUCGCACGUUUUGCCAUAUCCCACUUUAACAUCAAAGAGGAAGAAAUGUUGACAAUUCACGUUCCACUCCUACUCCUUGGUACUCUUGUUACAAUGAAAACUCUAUCAUCCACAAAGGAGAACUCGGAAAUCUCUAAGUCAGCAUUCGACGAGGCAUCUUGGAUCGCCCACCACCUGCUAGGUUUGAUUCCCGGCAGGGCUUUCAUCGAAAAGCCACAAGGCAAUCAAUCUCAUCAUCAGAUGAUAAUGACUGCAGAAACUAUGACUUUGGAUGAGAUAUCUUUGCAACUCCAUAGAUUCUAUGCUAUCACGAAAGAGAGCCUUGACGAUCCGGAACCGCCAUUCACGCCGAAAAUCCUGGCAGAGUUGCUUAUUUGUGAAGCGCACUCUCAAGUUAUUGACGCCCUUAAAGCAGAAAAGCCACACACCAGACCGAAAGACCAGAUAAAUUUCCUUCUAUCACUGCUCAAGAAAGUCCCGCUAUCACAAAUAUUUGAAAGUGGAGAGCUUUACCUGGCAAUGUAUGAAAAGGUUUCCGUCGCAAAGGGACAAUUAUCAAUGACCACGCUCUCUGCGAUAUGCUCCAUUGUUACAACAUUGUAUUCCACUCAUGAAACCGGUAGCUAUAUCUCGUAUGGCCAAAUCUGCGAUAUUGUGCCUUAUUUGGUGCAGCAAUUGUGGGAAUUCCUAUCCCCAUUGAGCCCGGUGUUUCAUGUAGAGGCGGUUCGUUGCUUCUGGCUUUUACAUUCAAUAUCUUGGAAUGAUCGCAUUGUUGAGGCCGCAAUUACAUCUUUGAUGAUUCCAUCUACAACAUCGAGCUUCUCGCACCGAACCUCGGUCGAUCGAGUCGAAAAGUUUUUUGUUCUCUGGAAUCAUAGCUAUCAAGCUGGCAGUAGUCGUUCUGCAUCAAGGGUUAUCUGGGAAUAUCCGUUCGACCAAACACCUGGUCGGGAUUCGCAAUCGGCUUACAGGCUCUCACUCCUCGAACGGCCACUUUUCAUAGCAUUGGAUCUCCUUGCCUCCGGUCCUGGUAGGGCAUACUCAAUGGUCAAACAAUGGGUCCAAGACCCCUCGACUGCAUAUCAUGUCUUAGAUAUAUUGACCUCAAAAUUAUCCGAGUUUCAGUAUUUCAGACCUGAUAUCUCCAUUCCUAGCGGUAUUGACGCAAAAGCUGGACUAGAUGAUGGGGUCCAAUGCCUUUACUUGUUUAAGGCGGUAUUAAAUACCAUUUUAGCAUUAAAUCAUGCUGGCUGGUCCGCUCUCACUUCCAAGAUCUCUCCUAAUUGUAGCAAGCAAGCCCUCCAGACUGAUGUUGAAGAUAGAUCGAGCUUACAGAGUACAAUCGCGCAACUAUCGGUACGAGUACUCAAAGAGAGGCAACAAAUCUCCACCAACAUGGGUCUACGUGGAGAGGGCUUACAAGAAGUUGCACUUUUUGUCUUACAUCAACUUCUCUUGGGCCCCGGCGCAGACUCACUUUAUCCUCUCAGCCUGGAUACAAUUCUUAUCGAACAGCUAUCGUCUUGUCUGGAUAGGAACGAAACUACGCUCCAAAGUGCUAUAAUAGAUGCCAUUCUACCUUCCCUCAAAAUCCGCUUCGCACAUGACACAAGGGAACUAUCUGCUGCCAUGGCUUCCAAAAAUCAACGUAGAAGGAGUUCAUUGGAGGCAUUGUCAAACAUAUCAAGGCUAUCUUUCACGGGGGAGAGAUCGGAGAAGGAUUAUAUUAUAUCUCAGUUGCCACAGCCUCCAUCUCAACUUCUAGAUUGUCUACUGAAGGGCAUUCGCGCGAAGUCUUCACGGCCCAUGAUCGAUAAAUGGGUACAUUUCCUCACAGAGUGUUUGCCACUCUAUCUGGGGGUUAUCUUUCAGGUGCUUUUAAAACUGGUGGAAUGCCUCUGCAAGGAAAUAAACCAAUCAUAUAAAGAACUCCAGUUAAUGUUCCAACAAACUGAAAGCGCCUCCCACAACCGGUCAGAGCAUGUUACUAUCGCCUUACUCACUGCGUUAGAAAAUUGCAUUGCUACAGCCCAUGACCGCCUAUUGCUCGAGGAAUCACAUGGUUCGGCAACAAAAACUCCUGAUCAGCCGCAGGGCUUCUUUGGCAACAUGGUUUCGGGAGUUUUUACCGCUGAGGUUAGCCAGCCUCGCAGCGCUACUGCCAACGAUCGGUUAACUGUUCUUCUUUGUUUCCAAGAUGCAGUGCGUUUGUGCUAUUCGAUUUGGGCCUGGGGUGACAGUGGCCGAGGCAAAGAUACACGGGACUCCGAUUGUCAAGCGUCGUUUCAGUAUACGUCACUGAGAAUGCGGAACAGAUCUAGGCGUAUCCUCGAGCAUUUAUUCACCGCGGAAACUUUGGAGUGCUUAGAGACUUUGAUUGACCUCUGGCGUACGUCGCUCAGAGGAGAUAAUCGAAUUUCCGGGAGAUCUGUUUUUAACCUCCUGCACACGCUGGAGGGUUCUAGACCAAAAGUAGCCAUUCCGGCAGUCUUCAAUGCAAUCUAUAGUCGAACGAACCCGGCAGCCCUGGAUCCAAGUCGCAAGUCAGCCAUGAUGUCCCACUUAACUGAGGCAGAUUUGGCGGCGUUCUUGGUCAUGUAUGCGAGAUCGCUAGAUGAAGACGUCUUAGAUGAGAUUUGGUUGGAUUGCACAACAUUCCUACGAGAUGUUCUAAGUAAUCCUUUUCCCCAUCGCCAAAUUCUAUCUCGGCUGUUGGAAUUUGCGGCAAUAUUGGGCGAAAAGAUGGAGCAUACAACUUUCGGGGAAGACCAACGUGCUAAAAGGGACUUAGGAGACAUACUUUUGAGGCUUCUCACUGCCAUUUCGACUAGUAAGCCGACAGGCGCGUCUCAAGACCAAUCGUCAACGUCCCGCGCGGUUCAAAAUCCAGACAACCAGGUUUCCUCGCUGAGCAAGGACCUAGUAAUCGGACCGGACGAUGUUUACAGUAUUCUAUCUUCCAUCAUGCCAGCAUUGAUGACCUCAUUAGGUGACGCAGAUCGUAUAGCGUCCGCCAUGUCCAACAUUUCGACAAAUAUACUCGCACCCUUGUUUCACUCUCGACUAUUCCCACAAAAUAUCAAUAAAACCAUGUUAGAUAUCCUUCAACAAAUGUCAAAGAUCCCAAGUGCUUCCAGAUACUGGAGAAAGGACGUUGGGGAUGCGUUAAAUGACCCUAAGUUCUUCGCCGUGAAGCUGAAUCUUGUGAAGAGCAACUGGCUAGGUCUCCUCCGCCAAUGGACGCUUACGGACAAAGAGCGUCUUCCAGAAUUAUUGUCUCGACUCUCACAGCCUUCAUCCGCCGGGAUAAUGUUUGGUGUUGGCGCUUCGGCAGCUCGACUCGAAGCUGACCGUAAAUCGCAGCUGAAUCUCCGCAGGAUUGCCCUUUUGAUUCUGGCCGCAGAUGAGGAUCAUUUUAGCGGCGAUUUAUCUGUGCUUCAGCAGAAGUUAGAAGAUCUCCUCGCCGCCACGCAUAUCUCGUCACCCUCUUCCGCAACGAGAGCUGAGGUGUACAUGGUGCUCAGGGCACUGGUUCUUAAAACUUCUACAAUCCAUCUAGCGCCGUUUUGGCCCUUGAUUAAUACCGAGCUUCAACAAGUGGUUUAUACCAUCGCUCCGGGACGGGAAUCAGAGACGUACAAUCCGUAUUGCCUGUUGCAGGCCUGCAAGCUUCUGGAGACUUUGCUCCUUACAUCGCCAGAUGACUUCCAAUUGCAGGAAUGGCUGUUUGUCACGGAUACAAUCGAUAUUAUAUACCCACCAGAUCGAUGGGAGGCCGUGGCACUGGCGGACGAGAUUGCUCUAGCUUUGGGCACUACGAAAAACGGCUCCACGGCACAUCUUCACGAAACUGGCGAACGUGACGAUGAAUUCAACCGUCUAUGGCUUGGUACCGAUUUGAGUAGAGAGACAGCCAAGGAUGAAAUAGUAGAUAGACUUCUGAGGCCAUUUUUCACGCGUCUCAGCAUCCACGCCUUUGAGAGCACAUAUAGCCUGGGGAGCCCUGACUCGUUGGCGUGUCAAGAUGAUUUGCUGGCGGACUUGUUCAACGACUUUACAAUUGCGAGCUAAAGGCCUUUUCAUGCAAAUGUAAUAUAAUCACUGUAUAUUCAAUUACUCUGUACAAAGUCAAGAAAUAUGUAUUUAACUGCUACUCUGGACUCCGUUCUCAUCAAG